AGAGUUCAGUAUUUGCCUCGUCACUGUGGCUCAGUGAUCUCAGAAGAUGAUGACAGAGGAGCACUGGGAGAAACUGAUAAUAAAACACACUCGCACUGAAUGAAUGAGACAAACACCAGACAUGAGGGCCAGAAAGAAAGAGAGCCGUGACCCGAUGCGGGUUCCCGUUCAUGGUGUCUCCAUGUUCUCCAUCACCAGCUCCAUCUCUGACCCACGUUUCCGCUUCCGAUGGCGAGCCAUCACGGUGGCAACCCUCCUGGCUUUGGCCGUCUUCGUGUACCUGCACCAAACGUCAUCAAGCUCCACUGACAUCAAAGUUAGCGGUCAGCGUUCAUGGCGAUCCAGCCGAGACGUGUCAGGCGCAGAGUCAGGCGUGAUGGCCGCGGCUGAAUCGGUGGACUCGCUUUAUAAUGACACGUACCCGCUCAGUCCCCCGGAACACACGGCCAGCGGGAUCCGUUACCGGAUCGGAGUCAUAGCGGACCUGGACACGAACUCACGCAGCCAGAAGGACAACACGUGGUUCAGCUUCCUGAAACGAGGCCACCUGCUGGUGUCCGACAGCGGGGACAGCGUGUCUGUGGAGUGGGAUCCGGAGACGGUGGUUCUGGAGAGUCAUCUGUCGGAGAAGGGCCGCGGCAUGGAGCUGUCCGAGCUGGUGGCAUUUAACGGGCACCUGUACAGUGUGGAUGACCGUACGGGCGUGGUGUACCGGAUAGAGGGCAACAGAGCUGUGCCCUGGGUCAUCCUGCCGGAUGGAGACGGCAGCGUGUCUAAAGGUAAAUACGGUUAUCUCAUCCACGAGUCGGCCGUGUGGAGCGAGCGUCUCCAGCGCUGGUUCUUCCUCCCUCGCCGCGCGAGCUCCGAACGCUAUGAGGAGACCGCAGACGAGCGCCGCGGCACAAACCUCAUCCUGAGCUGCUCGCUGGACUUCAGUCAGAUCUCAGUGUCGCGCGUCGGGCCGCUCAAACCCACGCUCGGCUUCUCCUCCUUCAGAUUCAUCCCAGACACAGACGACCAGAUCGUACUAGCGCUCAAAUCGGAGGAGGACGCGGGACAAAUCGCUACAUACAUCACGGCCUUCACGCUGGACGGACGAAUCCUGCUGCCUGACACGAAGAUCGGAGACGUCAAAUAUGAAGGACUGGAGUUCAUAUAGACAGCCUUCAAAACAGCAGAACGGCUGUGCAGGCAUCCGUUACACAUAAUGCAAUGAAACGGCAGCCAGUAUAUUUCAGAGACAUGUUAAUGUGCUGUAUGCAGUAGGGCUGCGACGAUAAAUGUGAGCCUGGAGCACAAAAGCAGUGUUGAGUCGCUGGGGGAUAUUUGUAGAAAUA